AUGGCAGUGCGCGUGGAUGACACGGUUUUCUUGGACUCAUCACUGGUGGCCUGGGGCGUCCCCGAGACGGUACGUCAGGCCCUUGCUGCAAAGGGGUUCACUACCAUGUCUUUGAUUGCUCAUGCAUUGCCUAGCUCCGAUCAUCUGGAGAGCUUUGAAUGUUCUGCUGUGGUCUCCGGCACGUCCUCUCUGUCGGGCAUCCCUUCCUCUGCCCUCACUGUUCCGAAACCCAAGCUGUGUGCCGGGGAUGUCACCAAAAUGGUUACUGACUUCACCGCCAAGUAUCCCUCCGAAUUUCUUCGUCCAGAGACCAUGCCCAGCUUGUCUCUGCUGAUUCGUGUCAAGGAGGGCCUCGAUGCUCGGAACUUGGGUUGGAUUCCCUGGAGGUUCCGCACGACGGAGCAUGAGGAGGCUGUGGUUGUUCGUCGUAAGCCUCGCACUGAUGUGGCUUUGCUGACUUCUCUCCUUGCUGCCCAGGAUCCGGAUCCUCUUGAGACAUCCGUCCCUUCGGGGGGGCCACUUGAACCCACGCUGCGCCGGUUCAUCGGCCUCUUGUGCACCUCGAUUGCGCUGUUGGACGGGAUGCAUUUGCUGCCCCUUCGCAAGAUGCUGGAACGUUUCGUCUCCACCGCGACGGCGGUGCCGGAAGACCGCUCGUUGCGAGGUCCGCUUUUGAAUGAGGCUAUCGAAGCUGACCGCACGUUCUGGUCAGGAGUUGCUCUCUUGCAGACCGAACACGGCUGGUCUCUGGCUGAUUCGGUCGCCGAAAUGACAUACAUCCGACCUGACCUCUUUGCCGCGUUGGCCCCUCGCGUGCGUGCCUCUUCCUCCGAGAAUGCAAAGAGAAAAAUCAUCAGUCCUCCGAUGCCGCUGGUCGUGCUCGCAGGAUCUCCUUCGAAGGUCUCGGUUGCAUCUUGGCCUGAGUCGUGGGCUAAGACCAUUGACGGUGUCGGCCCCUGCAUCCGUUUUCACACUGGCAAGUGUCGGAAUGCCAAGUGUCGUUUCAGCCAUCGGUGCCCUAUCUUGAAUGCAGCCGGCGUUCCCUGUGGCCAGAACCAUUCUGCUCAGGACUUGCUUGCUGAAGAUUUUGCCGAUGCGUGUAUCAACUCGGGUGUUGCCCCGACUUGUGCCAUGAUUUUGCGUCUUGCGGACCGCUUGCUUUCUGAGGCUCCUGACCUGGACGACAGGUUCGCUUCUGGCAAAUCUGUCUCGGCUGGCCUCCACCAGAAAGGCUCUGGCGGCCUGCGCAAAGUUUCUUCCUCCCAUCCCACAUCCGUGCGUCUGAUCAAUCAGUUUGUCUCCCAUGUGGCCCCCGAUCAUGUUUUCUCCAGUUUUGUCAUUAUAGAUGGUGUUGAAUCACCGGCUCAUCGUGAGCUUCUGAUUGCAGAUGACCUGGGCGCUCAGUUCCUUGAGGAUGAGGGGUGUCAGAUUCCUGCGGUUGCCAUGCCUGAUUCGCCCCAGCCCGUCGUUGCUCGGAAUGCCUCGGCUGAUGGUUCUGUUCCCUAUGGUCUCGGAGAAGUUCCCGAUGGCUGCAACACCCUGCUAUCUGCUCAGGGCCCAUCGGUCGAACUCUCUGUCCCGUCGGAUUUCCCGCCCCAGGCAUCAAGCCAACCGCGUUUCUUCCUUGACCUCUUUGCUGGUGCUGCGCAUCCUGUGUCCUCAGCGGUGGCGGCCAUCUCUGGGGAUCGAUUCGAAGCUGUUGACUUGAUUCAUGGUCCGCAAUUUGACCUUCUGAAUGAUGACACGUUCGCACUCUUGUGUGCCAUGGCUGAUCAUGGGGUGAUUGGAGCCGCGAUGGCAGCACCGAUUUGCGGUGAGCAUACUAUUUUGAAGCUCCGUCCUGGAGGACCUCCUGCGGUCCGCACACCCAAAUUUUUGGACGGUCUCCCGACCAAUAACUGGGAUCAAGCGGUGCGAGCUCAAAACAGUGCUCUUUUGCACGAUCGCACGAGGGAAAUUCUCUCUCGGGUCAGUGCCGGGCAUGGCUUGGUGUUGCUGGAAAACCCAGUCACUUCGAUGACUUUCCAAGACCCCUUGAUGCAAAGCUGGAUGCUUGCGGAGGCCCCCUUUGCUGCUCAGGUGGCGGCAUGCCAGUUCGGUCUCUCCUGGUACAAAAGGUUCUUGAACUUGCCUCCUGUUGCCAACAUGGUCCCGCUGCGCAUUAUUCGCUUCUUGGAUUGCGGGACUCGUCUGGACAGUACGUCAGAUUGGCGCUGUUUGCUUCACCCGUCUCCAUGCUGGCAUCUUCCGGCUGUUCGGGUCGAGGACGGUGCCGGUUUGCACAGCACUGCGGCCUGGUUGCAGCCGCAAGCCCCUGAUCGUCUCGCCCAGCUCCGGGAAAGAUGGUCGCGACGACUGUUUGAGGACAAGUUGUGCUUGCGCUUGGCAUACUCUCUGCAGAGUUCACCCGAUCAGCCUCCCCUGUCUGAGUCGGAUCUUGAUCCUUUUGUGCAAGAUGCUCUGGACGUGCUGGGGGUUUCGACCAGCGACCGCUCAGCAGUUCUUUCCAUCACUCCUGGCCAACCCUUGCGAUUGCAUCUGUUGCAAGCCUUGCUUGAGUGCCUUGGCGAUUCUGAAGCUGCCAUGUGUGAGGACUUGCGGACAGGGGUACGCGUCGGUGUCGGUGUGGAUAUCACACCUUCUGAUCAUUGGCCCUCCCGUGACUGGGCUCCUGUCAUCCCUGAUUUGCAAGUCUGCGAGGGAUCUUGGCUGUCUGCAUCGUCUCAUCCGAGUCAGGUGAACGAGUUGCUCGCGGAAGAGCUCGCUGCAGGUUGGAUCGAGGAAUUUUCCUCCCUCGAAGACAUCCGCACGCGGUACCCCACAGUUGCAUGUGGUCGUCUUGGCCUGGUGCUUGCCGAAGGGCGUUCCCCUCGCCUUGUCGUUGACUCCAGCAUCAGCGGUGUUACCGAAGCCUGCUUCAUCCCUAAUCGCAUGCUUCUCCCGCGCGUUGCAGACAUUGCUCUGUGUGCUCCGGUGCAGUGUGUGCAGGAGGAUUGGGUUCUGGUGUCCCUCGAUGUUCGUAAAGCUCAUCGAUUGGUGCUCAUCCACCCGGAUGAUCAAGGGCUCCUUUGCUUUUCCUUUGAGGGCCGUUUUUUCGUCUCCAAGACUCUGAACUUCGGUGCCCGCGCUUCAGCCUUUUGGUGGGGUCGUUUGGCUGGAGCUCUGAUGAGAAUCACACAUAGCCUGAUUUUCUUGCCCCAUUUUCUUUGGGAUUAUGUGGACGAUUUUUUAGGUGCUUUUCGCAAGGCUACCGCGCCACUGCAGGUGGGUUUAUGGGUCGUCCUGUUCCUUGUGCUUCGAGUGCCCAUCAGCUGGCGCAAGUGUGCUUGGAAUUCCCGGGUAAAAUGGAUAGGCUGGGACAUCUGCGUUUCCUCUUGGACAGUCUCGCUCCCUGCGGACAAGCAGGGCUUGGAUGAGGUGUUGAGUGCUCCGAAGACCAAGCUCAAGACGCUGGAGUCCCUGAUCGGUCGACUGCUAUGGGUUUCCGGCUUGUGGAAGUGCCUUCGCCCGUUGCUUUCACCGCUCUAUGCUGCGCUGCAGGCCAUACCGGCAUCUUGCGUCGCUGUGUCACCGGCGCUCUGGCAGGCAAUCUUGGAUGCUGUGGAUGAUCACUGUGUGAUCCGCAGUGACGUGAGUCAUGCUUCUUUCCCGAUUGGGAGCCGUGUGAUUCGUGUGGCCAAUACCGCCACGCAUACCAAGGCCCAUUUGGUUCGCAUGGUCUUCCAACACCGUCGCCUUUGGGUCACCGUUCAGUCCACGGACCAUCCGUUCCGGGAGAUCUCCAGUCCCGCUCGGGAUGCUCUUGCGGCUUGGCGUGCGAUUCUCGAGGCUUCCCCCCUUUCGUUCGUGAUACGUCAGCCCAUCCACCUUUCGGUUCUGGCUGAGGCAGACGCAUGUGCGUCGGAGAAAGGGUGUGGCCUCGGAGGCCAUGUCUGCUGGCCCCCUGGUCGCCAAGUCUGGUUCUCGCUAUACUUCAUGCUUGCAUGA